CGCGCGAGCCAAAGCCCAUCCCUCCUUCCCCUCCCAGUUCCCGCAACCCCUCUAGCUAGCUACUCAUGCCGCCGGCUGCGCUUCGCCUGGUCGCCGCCGCGGCCGGCGCCGCUCCGCCGCGCGCUCGCGGGGGCCGCACCGGGGCGCGGCGCGGCGGCGGGGCGCGCCUGCGCGCCAGAGCGGCGGCUGGGGAGGCCGCGCCGGCGCCUUCCCGGACCCAGGUGAUAAUGGAGAAGAUCUCUAGUGGUGAAGAAGUUGGGGGUGCUGGAGGAGCAUACUCAUACAGUGCACUGAAAAGAUUGGAUCAAAUAUGGUCUAGUAUAUGUGGACCACAAGUAGAUUCCAAAGUCCCUGAAGUUGUUAUUCGGGUUCAAGGGCCGUUGGCUGAUUCUAAUCUUGGUGCUGGUUCAGAGAUAUUUGAUGUAAUAGUGUGCGGUGGCACGUUAGGUAUAUUUGUAGCUACUGCCCUCAGUUCUAAAGGCCUUCGGGUUGGAAUUAUCGAAAGAAACAUAAUCAAAGGGAGGGAACAGGAGUGGAAUAUUUCAAGAAAGGAGCUUAUGGAAAUUGUGGAGAUAGGCAUCCUUUCGGAAGCAGAGCUUGAACAAAUUAUUUCAAGUGAUUUCAAUCCUAAUAGAUGCGGAUUUGAGGAUAAAGGUGAAAUUUGGGUGGAGAACAUUCUUAAUCUUGGUAUUUCGCCUGCUAAACUUGUUGAAACCAUGAAAGAACGCUUUAUUUCUUCAGGAGGAGCAAUAUUUGAGGGGAAGAGUCUAUCAAGCAUUUAUGUCUAUGAUGAUCGUGCAGUUCUAAAACUGAGUGAUGGUGAUUCCUUGCCUUGCCGACUUGUUGUUGAUGCUAUGGGUAAUUUUUCUCCAAUCGUGCGGCAGAUCCGGUCUGGUAGAAAACCAGAUGGAAUGUGCCUUGUUGUUGGUGCUUGUGCUCGUGGAUUUGAAAAAAAUACAACAAGUGAUAUUAUUUUCAGUAGCUCAUCAGUAAAUAGAGCUGGAAAUUCAGGAGUACAACUCUUCUGGGAGGCAUUUCCUGCUGGUUCUGGUCCCAAUGAUCGUACAACGUACAUGUUCACUUAUGUUGAUCCAAAAUUUGGGGGCCCUAAGCUAGAAGAACUUUUGGAAGUGUUUUGGAAUCUUAUGCCUGCUUACCAGGAUGUAGUUCUUGAAAAUCUGGAUAUAAAGAGAGUUAUAUUUGGAAUUUUCCCAACUUACCGGGAUAGCCCCUUACCAGCUGCAUUUGACCGCAUCUUACAGGUUGGUGAUGCUAGUGGAAUACAGUCGCCUGUUUCAUUGUUAGGUUUUGGAAGCUUGACGAGACAUCUUGGUCGUUUGUCAAAUGGUAUAUAUGAAGCAGUUGAAGGAGAUUUCCUGGAUGCACAUAGUUUGCGGCUGCUGAACCCUUACAUGCCAAAUUUAAGUGCAUCAUGGCUGUUCCAACGAGCGAUGUCAGUAAGGCCGCAUGUCGAUGUGUCACCAACCUUUAUUAAUGAGCUUCUCUUUGCUAAUUUUCAGUCGAUGAAGCUUGGGGAUUCUGUACUCCGGCCAUUUCUCCAGGACGUGAUACAAUUUGGACCUCUGGUGAAAACUUUGGGUCUAGUAAUGCUCAAUCGGCCACAAAUUCUCCCUUCAAUAUUUAAGCAGGUUGGACUUGGAGUCAUCCUUGAGUGGUCAGGCCAUUUUCUGAUGCUUGGUUACUACACUUUUCUUUCUACCUUCAUCGAUCCAGUCACGAGGUCUUGGGUCGAAUCCUUGCCUCCAAGGGAUAAAUAUCAAUGGAAACGGUAUCUUGAAGCAUGGAGAUACGGAGCUGGUUUAGAUUAUCGUCAAGGGGAAUAAACAGCUUCAUUUUAAAGAACUCAGGUCUCCCUUAGAAAAACAAGAAACAAGUAUAGAUAGAUCUCUAUGUGAGCUUUCCGUUAGAGGAAAACAUUUUGAGAACAGCACAGAUAGAAUCACUGAUUGAAAAGUCUGUUUCACUUGUAACUUACUACUUCGCUGAACUCCUGAAGUGAAUAUGUGUUGUCUACAUCAUUUUUCCAAUAAUGCUGAAUCAAGUUCAGUGUGGUUUGA